CUUCAAGAAAAAAAAAAAUUGCAAAAACAAACAUGGCAUUUUCACAAGCUUCUUUUUUGACUCUUCUAAUUUGUUUAAUAAUGUUGGCGCUUGCUUUUCCUUCUCAUGCCCAAAAUUCCCAAGCAGACUAUCUCAAUACUCAUGAUUCUGCUCGAUCUCAAGUUGGUGUUAGUGCCAUUGCAUGGAACACAACUCUUGCAAAUUAUGCACAAAAUUAUGCCAAUCAAAGAAUUGGCGAUUGCAAUCUUGUCCACUCUAAUGGUCCUUAUGGUGAAAAUAUUGCUAAGGGAAGUGGUUCUUUCACUGGCACUGCUGCUGUUAACUUGUGGGUAGCGGAAAAGCCGUACUAUGACUAUAAUAAUAACUGUUGCACUGGUGGACAACAAUGUCUACAUUAUACUCAGGUGGUCUGGCGUAAUUCGAUUCAAGUUGGUUGUGCUAGAGUUCAGUGUUCCAAUGGCUGGUGGUUUGUUAUUUGCAACUAUAAUCCUCGAGGCAACUACAUUGGUCAACUCCCUUACUGAGUAUUUUGACUAAGAGUUCUAUGAUCAAAUAAGAACAUUAUAAUAAUGUGAUGAAUAAGCUAAUAUAUAGAGGUUUUAUGAUCUCUAUUGGCAACAUUUAAGUACUACUAGCAUUUUAGCAUCGUUGCACUAAUAAAUUACGAGUGUACGAGCAGUGCUGCUGAAUUAUUUUUACGUAUCUGUUGUUUGAGUUCUUCGGAUUGAAAUUUAUGCACGACAUAUUUAGUUGUUGGA